UGCAGAUAGUUACAUGGAAGCACAGUACUGUUGUUCGGUAGUAAGCUACAAAUUGCAAACAUUCGUAUUGCUCGGCGCUCUGCGACUUGCGCGCCGAAAAGCCCUCAUAGGUUUCUCAUUGCCUCUCCACGACACGCUUGAGUACAUUGCUGAAGUUACGCGACUUCGGAUAUCACUACUCAACCUACCUCAACGCCCACCAUCAGAACGACAUCUCUACCUUCUCUGAAAGCGAGGCCUCGGCUUGCAAGCUUUUUAGCACCGAAUAGGUACCAAGCUUUGAGCCGAGGCAGUCGCACCAAAGGUUCUCCGCACUGAAAUGUGCUUGCGAGGUGGAGGGCAGCACUGCUGAGGGCACCCGCAGCCCUCGGUGGUUGAAGUUUUCCGCGGGCAAAGCCGAGCAUGCAGAAACAGGCUUCAAGAGUAUGUGCCGGCCGUUUCUUGCUGGUCGUGCUUGUCUGGCUGGGAUGGGCAAGCAACGGUCUUGCUCGCCAAGCCAUUACACGCCAAUCUCAGCUUCGGCGUUACAGUAAGCUUGCACAGCCUUUCCAGUACGCGGGGCUCCAAGAUGUCUCGACGACGGACGACGUGCUGACGGACCGCUUUCUGGUAAAGCUUAGGCCGAAGAACAGCAGCCAGUCUACAGUCCAGAGCAGAGCUAUCGAAAUCGUUGACAGUAUACGCUCAGCAGAGGUACCUGUGCAGCUUAUCCAUGAGUUCAGUCUGGCAUGGGAUGGGUUUAGCCUGCAGACGGACGAUGUCGACGGAGCGCUGUCUGCUUUAGAAGCCGAGUUUGAAGUACUUCUAAUAUAUCCUGUGGUCUGGCUCCCCGCCCCGGACAACAAGUUUGAUGAUAUCAACGCCACGGCGCUUCGCGGGGCGUACCUAGUAGCGGAUGCCUCAGCAGCCACAAACGGCAGCACGGCGCGGUUAGCGGCCGGCGGCUAUAAGCGGCUAGAUGGCUGGGGCGUUAAGGUCGGCAUCAUCGACACGGGUGUGGAUUACAACCACCCCGCGCUCGGAGGCGGCUUUGGAUCCGGAUUCAAAGUGGCGUACGGCAGGGACUUUGUAGGCGACGCAUUUCGCCCCGGCGGCGUGCCCAGACCCGAUGCAGACCCGAUGGACUGCGCGGGCCACGGCACCCACGUGGCAGGCGUCAUCGCAGGCAGCUGGGCUGGCUCGCAAGCACAGCUGCACUCCUCCUCCUCCACCUCCAGCAGCAGCAACCUAACGGAGACCGAAACAGCGACCUCCAGCAACACCAGCAGCAGCACCGCCUCUCAACAACCGCUGUUCAGCUACCAAGGCGUGGCGCCGGGCGUCACGCUGGGCGCUUACAAGGUGUUUGGCUGCAGCGGAGGCACCACCAGUGAGCUCGUGGUAGCGGCCAUGGACCAGGCGGCGCUAGACGGCAUGCAGGUCAUCAAUCUGUCGUUGGGGGACGAGGGCGCCUGGGGCGGCCCCGUGGCGGAGGCGGCGAACCGGCUGUCGGCGCUGGGGAUCCUGGUGGUGGCGGCGGCGGGGAAUGCAGGCACCUCGUCGGGACUGUUCAUGCAGAGUGCGGUGGCUAGUGCUAGCUCCGUGAUUGCGGUGGGUGCCGUACAAUCGUACGCGGCACCCGUGACGAACAUGACGCUGCGAGUGCUGCGGUCGCCGUCGGCGGCAGCGGAGGCUUUAGAAGCGACGGGAGCUGCAGCAGCGGAGGCGGCGGCGACCGGGAAUUCUAGUAACGUUGUGUCUAUUAGCGUGCAGGCGGCGUUUGGCGAUGUUGCGACACUGCUGUCGACUGUCGUACGGCCUUCAGCGGCGGCGGCAGCUGCGGGUGUUGCCGCCGCCGUUGACAAUGCAACUGCCGAUGGUUGCGACCCACAUCAGUUGGGCGACAUGACGGGCGUGGUGGCGCUGCUGGCGGCCGGGGGAUGCUCCAUUCGAGACAAGGUGGCCGCCGCAGCAGGCCAGGGGGCGCUGGGGGUCGUAUUGUACGGAAACGACUCGCUUGUAGAUGACGUCAUUCGUACACCGCUGCUCGGGUCGCCCGGCACCUGGCCGUCUCCUUCCAACCCCUACGAGGCCCCGGUACUCGUAGUGGACUUGGCAGCGGGCCUGAUGCUGUAUGGGGAGUACUUGGCAGCGGCCGCCAUGACGUCAGCCGUAUCGCCCAGCCCGCCUGCGGAGCCCCAGCCGCCGUCGAUGGCGGCCUGGUUCCCACAGCAGCCGCCCUUCGACGCAUUCGGACCGCCGCUUUCGCCGUCCAUCCCCCCACCUCCGUCGUCUCCGCUGCUUACUCCAGGCGCGCAGCUGCAGCUCCUGCCCCCAGCCCUGCCCCCUCCCCCACGCUCGCCUCUUGCACCCUCCACCCUAGCGCCCAUCUCACCGCCCACGCGGCCUCCACGGCAACCGGCUGAGUCCACUCCUGACUCCCCUGCUGCUGCCGCCGCCGCACCUCCCAUGCUGCCCGGAUCGCCCGGGCAGGAGUCCUCGCAGCCUCCCUCGCCGCCUCGUGCGUUCCCUUCGCCGGCCCCCCCGGGACCUGCAAGCCAGGUGUCGGCGGGGACCGUUGUCCCAAGCAGCCGGAGCCUGCCGUCCCCGGUGCCCUCCACACCGCCGCCUCGGUCUGCUCCUCGCCCGCCGCCCCGGCCACCAACCACCAAGCCCUCGCCACCACCGCCGCCAUCACCUGCUCCUUCACACCGCCAGCCCUCUCCAACGCCGCCGCCACAGCCGUCACCGCCGACCCCCUCCGCACCAAAGCCGCCGACCCCUCGGCCGCCGCGUCCGCGACCCCCCUCACCCUCACCCCAGCCCCCGCCGUCGCCGCGGCAUGCACCCAUUAAGGCCCAAUCCGUGUCUGAGCUGCCGCCUGUCUACUCGUCUGGCUCGGUAGUGGGCACGGUACCACAGCCUGUGACGUCUCCCCCGUCGUCGUCUGGUAACCCGACCCUCCUGCAGACCGCGGUGGUGGACUCCAGCGCUGCGCCGCCGCCGGUUGACGCCGACUCGGGCAGCGUCGUGGGCACGGGCAGCAGCAGCAGCAGCAGCAGCGGGGGUUGGGAUGGCGCCACGCGGGUCGUGUCACAGGCACGGCAACAGCAACAGCAGCACCAUCGCAGGUUGCUGUCUGGGUGGAGGAGCAUGUCAGGCCGCGGCGGCGUCAGGCCGCGGCGUCUCGGAUGGGCGGGUCGGCGGCAGCUGCUGCUGCAGGAGGAAGAGGUGGGGGGCGAGCCGUCGGAGGGCCUCACGGAGCCCGAACGGGCGCCACAGCAGCCUGCGGACGAGGAGCCGCCAGGGCAGCCACCGCAGCCCUUGCAACCGCAACAAGUGCAGGAGGAGCUGCAACCACCACAGCAGCCGCAGCCACCGCAGCAGCAGCAGCAGCCUUCCCCAGCUCAGCCGGAGCUGUCAGUGGCGCAGCCGCCUGCCGAACAACAGCCACCCAGCCUGCCGCCGCCGCAGGAGCCCCAGGUGCCUGAGAUGCCCCCUCCGCAACUCCCGGCGCCGGCUCCCCUAGGCCGGGUUUCCAUUAUGCGGCCGGCGUGGCCCAGGAUCCAGGGUGUGGACGGUACCCUGGCGUCGGCGUUCUCCUCUUGGGGCCCGAGUCCCGACCUGCUGCUGAAGCCCAGCCUGGCGGCCCCCGGGGGCGCCGUCCUCAGCACCGUGCCGCUCAAGCGCUCCUCCGAUGGCGCACCCAGCAGCGGCUUCGCCUACCGCUCCGGCACCUCGCAGGCGGCGCCCCACGUGGCGGCCGCUGCGGCGCUGUUCCUGCAGGCUAACAAGGCGCGGGAGGUGACGGCAGCUCAGGUGGCUGCGGCCCUGCUGACCACUGCCAGGCCCCUGUUUGACCUAGUACCCUCCUCCGCCUCCACCUCCACCUCCACCUCCUCGGCGGCGGAGGCAGGCAACACCACCGCUAGCUCCUCCACCUCCUCCACCGCCACCUCCUCCACCACCACCACCACCACUACUUCCAUCCGGCAGCCCGUCAGUGUCAUUCAUGUUGGCGGCGGUGUGGUGGACAUCGCCGCCAUGGCCACCAAUCUGGUGGACCUCACCCCAUGCAAGUUGGAGCUGGGCUCGGCACUGGCCGCUGGGGGCAACGUGUCGUACACGCUGGAGGCAGUGAACCGUGGGUCGGCGCCACUCGCGUUCCGGCUGCUGCACCACGCGGCCGCCUCGCUUGACGCCUCGGUGCUGUUGAAGAUCGAUAGGAGCCCGGGGGUGGCGGGGAGCAAUAACUCGCGACGGGCUGUACCGUACCUUGGCUUUGGAGCUUCUACGCUGUCUGAUUCUACUGCUGAGGAGGGAGGGGUUGGAACGACGACGACGGGAGCUGCUGCUGCGGCGGCGGCGAAUGCGGUUACGGUGACGUUUAUGAACUCCCGCGGCAAGCCGACUGAGAACCUGACGCUACCUGUGGGCGGCAAGACUCGCUUCCGGGUGAACCUGCAGCUCUCCCCCGAGGUGGCUGCCAGCAGCAGCAGCAGCCUCAUCCUCUCCGGCUACCUCCUCCUAGAGCCCAUCAUCCCCUCCGCCGCCUCAUCCUCCUCGGACCCCGCUGUAGCAGCAGCAGCGCUACAGCCGCCCCUCUCCCUGCCGUACCUGGGUUACAGCGCUCCUCUCAUCAGCCUGCCCGUGCUGCUGCCCACCCUGCCGGGAGGCAUCACGGCUCCGAACGGCACUUGGUGGUGGGACGAAGAGACCACCGGCUACUCGGUUGACGUCAUCUCCCCGCUUGUGGUUGUGGACGGCCCUCCUGCGGAAGACGAACCGCCGCCCUCCAUGGGCGAUGCCGAACCGCCGCUGUACAGUUUAUAUUCCGUGCCGCCCUCGCCGCCGGUUCAGCCGCCCCUGUUUUCGUAUGCGUUAUCGGGUGCUGGGGCCUCCUUACCGUCGCUUGCAUUGUUCAUUCAACGUCAGCCCGCGACACAGGAGCUUUGGCUGUAUUCGGAGACGUACGGAGGAAUGCGGUUGGGGUACGUGAACCUACAACAGCAAAUCGUGCGGAAGCCUACGGGCGGAUCUCCGCUGGUGCUGACAUGGCGUGGAACGUAUUACGACCUGUCGAUUAAACGUGAGGUAAACGUGAGUCCUGGGGAUUACUACUUUGUUGUGCGCAUGACCCGUGCCGCAGCUGCGGCGGAUAGCACGACAAGCGGCGUGUCGGACACGAUUGUAGACCUGUGGCGGACACCGGUGUUUCGGUUGACACGGUCUUGAGGCGGUGGUGAGUUGUGGGCUGGUGGCGAUGGUGUCUGGAGGCAGGGGUGCCGACUUGUCGUGC